AUGGGCAAGCGCCAACAACCUCAAUCUAAAGCCAAGUCCGCACGACGAGCUGCAGCUCUACAAGCAGGCGGUCGAGGAGGCGCAGGAGCAAAGACUGAUGCGGGCUUACCCGAUUUCUUCAAGAGGAGAAAAGAGGCUGAAUCAAGAGCGCGCAAUGCAGUUGUAGUCAGGGCUGGAGUAGGAGCAGGAGCGGGAGGCAUGGAUGUGGAUGUGGAUGAUGAAGAGGCAAAUGCGCGCAUACAUCCCACCCACACCAGCUCCUCCUCGCAAGAAUAUCAAAUGGAGGACUCGUUGGCCGAAUCCUUGCGCGCCCUCCAGUCCGUCAAUCCCUCCUCCACUCAUGCCCAUCCUACGUCCGCCUCGUCAUUUGCAGCGAGCGCCGACGGUGCUCAGCAUGCGUGGAAGGAUGUCAAGGAUGCGGCGCUUAGUGGCAGGAAGGACAACUCUUCCAAGGCUUACAUGAAGGAGUUGAGGCGCGUCAUCGAAUUGAGCGACGUGCUCAUACAAGUCUUGGAUGCGCGCGAUCCUCUGGGCUGUCGGUGCGUGUCGCUUCAACGCAGUGCGCCUGGCCAUGCGUUCCCAAUCACCUCCCAGACUAACCCUCACUUCUUCAUCCCUCUACUUCCACUCCCCAGCUCGCAGAGCACCGAAAGGCUAGCACUUUCACUGGGCAAGCGGAUCAUCUUGGUGCUCAACAAGAUCGAUCUCAUUCCCUUGUCCCACGUACAAGGCUGGCUACGUUAUUUGCGGCACGACUACCCUACACUAGCCUUCAAAGGCUCGACGCAGGUCCAACGAACCAAGCUUUCUCAAGGCAACGGCAAGAGGGGUUUGGUGGAGUUGAAAGAGGGAGAGUUCAGAUCUCGGUCUGGCAAGAAUGGGCAAGGGGCAGCAGCUGGGAUUGGAGAGAGCAUCCAAAGCGGAGCAGAAGCUGUGGGCUGCAAACCUCUGAUCGAUCUGCUCAAAGCUAUGAACCGCGAGCAUUCUCUCCGCGGCAAUUCGGCUCACAAAGGCAGCAAGGCUCAAGGCUCGAGCGCAAAGACGUCACUCACCGUCGGUCUGUUUGGCGUUCCCAACGUGGGCAAAUCUACGCUCAUCAAUUCUCUGGUGAGAAGCAAGAGCUGUUCCGUUGCUUCCACACCUGGCCAUACCAAGGUUUCGCAAGUAGUGGCGCUGGAUAAGAGCCUCAAGUUGAUCGAUUGUCCCGGCAUCGUCCUUUUCGACAAGGGGGAGAAAGCGCGAAUGCAGAGCGUGGGCAAUCUGAUGGCUUUGGGGCUGGGAAAUACCAUCAAGGUCGAAUUGAUCGAGGAUCCCGUCACGCCCGGUGAGUGUGCGAGCGAGCGAGGGUGCUGCUUGUUAGAGUGACCAAAAGAGAGGAUGGUGAAGCGACACGAGGAAAGAUGCUUACCCGCAUCUACGUCCACGCGUUCUAUUGUGAUCCAUUUGCAGUCGCGACCAUUCUGUCUCGCGUGCCCGCUCAGCAAUUGAUCGAUCUCUACGGCAUUCAAGGCGGCUUCGACUUUGUGCAAUCAUCGACAUCAUCCGACGAUGCGCAGGGAGAUCCUACGGAUUUCUUGAUGCGCGUUGCGCUGCUGAGGGGCAAGGUGGGCAAAGGAGGUGUGCCGGAUAUCGAAGGUGCUGCGCGGAUCGUGCUUCAGGAUUGGAACGUGGGACGAAUCAAGUGGAGCGUCGCGCCGCCUGUUCGUGGACUCGAGCACCAAACCCGCGCGUCUGGCUCUAGCCUGGACACAAGGAGGAGAGAAGGAGAAUCUGCUGCUGCUACGAAUGCGCAACACGAUGAUGGGCAAGAGGUGAAAGGUGCUAGCGUUGUGGAAAAUUUUGCCCCGGCUUUCGAUCUGAAAGCUUUGUUGGGAGAAGCGGAUGAGGAAGCGUUGGGAUAUUUGCAGGGAACAGGCAUCGGUUCUGCUGUGCCCGCGCCGCCUGAACGUACGUACGCGCCCGAAAAAGACGAGAUAGAAAUUGAAGAAGAUGAGAUCCGUGAUCGCUCGCCGCAUGGCUCAGCCUUGCAACACGAAUCUGCGCCGGCGCGCGCUGCAUCUUCGAUCUUGGGCAAGAGGAAUAGGAUAUGGAAGGAGGAUGCAAUGUCUUCGGACGAAGAAGAGAAUGCACGGGCUUUUGGAAGAGCAUUGUCAGCUGAUGAUUCGGAAUGGGAAAGCGACGAGGGAGUGGAUGCGCUUUCGACUGCGCAUGCCCAGCUCGAACAGAAGACGACGCGCACCCUCUCCGCCUCGAGAGCAGCUUCGACCAAAGCUGCGACGGGAGCUGGCGUGGGAGGGGAAAGCAAUGUUGCUGCUAAACGAGGAAGCGUGAGGCGAGCGCUCAAGAAGCAGAGGAAAAGGGAAAUGUUGGGAGGCGAUGGAAUCGUUUUGGGCUUGAUGAGGGGAGCCAAGAUUGAUCAGGAUCAGGAUCAGGAUCAGGAUCGGGAGGGGAGGGUGCGGGGAGGAGAGGAGGUUGCAGGUAUGGAUGAUCGUGUUGGAACAGCCUUGCAUGGAGGAAAUCGGGGAGGGAAAGAAGGGAGGGGCAUAUUCGAUGUGCCCCUCCUUCCGACCACAGCACCUCCGCCUGCACCAGCACCAGCAUCCAUGCCUACGCAGCAACCUGCUUCUUCGAGCGCUGCUAGACCCCCAGCAGAGGAAGAGGAAGAGGAAGAAGAAUUGUGA